ACAACAACGCACAAACUCUCGACAAUGGAUUUACUGCAAACACAACUCGACUGUAAAUGAUCACUUCGCUUAUCGUCUUCUUCUUCUUCUUCUUCUUCUUCUUUUUCCUGAGUGGUGAUGAUGGCAUCAAUCGGGGAAUUCGAUCCUCUCAACACCAGAGUCCCUGCAACUAAAAUAGAAGUUACUGUGUCGUGCAGGAAUCUCCUGGAUGUAGACACAUUCUCCAAGUCAGAUCCUGUGGUCGUCCUGUAUUUGCAAGGUGUGGGAACCAAAGAAUGGAGGGAGUUUGGCAGGACAGAAGUAAUAGAUAACACUCGCAAUCCAGACUUUGUCAGGAAGUUUGUCCUGGAUUUCUUCUUUGAAGAGAAACAGAAUCUAAGGUUUGAUGUGUACAACGUGGACUCCAGAAGCUGCAACAUUUCCAAAUACAAGGACUUUCUUGGCCAGACCUUCUGUACCCUUGGAGAAAUCAUUGGCUCCACAGGAGGACGGCUGGAGAAGAACCUCUCUGGGAUUCCAGGGAAAAAGUGUGGAGUCAUUAUCUUUGCCGCAGAGGAGCUAAGUAACUGCAGGGAUAUUGCCACUAUGCAGUUGUGUGCCAACAAGUUGGAUAAGAAGGACUUUUUUGGCAAGUCAGACCCCUUCCUGGUUUUUUACCGCAGCAAUGAGGACGGAACGUUCACCAUCUGCCACAAGACAGAGGUGAUCAAGAACACCCUGAACCCAGUGUGGCAGCCCUUCACCAUCCCUGUUAGAGCGCUCUGCAAUGGAGACUAUGACAGGACGGUGAAGAUUGACGUCUAUGACUGGGAUCGAGAUGGAAGCCAUGACUUCAUCGGCGAGUUCACCACCAGCUACAGAGAGCUGUCUCGGGGGCAGAACCAAUUCAAUGUCUAUGAGGUUUUAAAUCCCAAAAAGAAAGGCAAAAAGAAGAAAUACAUCAAUUCUGGAACUGUAACAUUGCUGUCCUUCAAAGUGGAGUCCGAGUACACCUUUGUGGAUUUCAUCCGAGGAGGAACCCAGCUGAAUUUCACAGUGGCUAUAGACUUCACUGCAUCUAACGGAAACCCAUCCCAGCCCACUUCACUCCACUACAUGAGUCCUUACCAGAUGAAUGCAUAUGCCAUGGCUCUGAAAGCUGUGGGUGAGAUUAUCCAGGACUACGACAGCGACAAGCUCUUUCCCGCCUAUGGUUUCGGAGCUAAGCUGCCCCCUGAUGGCAAAAUCUCCCAUGCAUUCCCACUGGGAGGAGAAAGUGACAAUCCAAACUGUGUAGGAAUAGAGGGCGUUCUCGAGGCCUAUUUCCAGAGUCUGAGGACGGUGCAGCUCUACGGCCCCACUAACUUUGCACCUGUUAUUAAUAAAGUGGCAAACUGUGCCGCAGAGAUUACAGAUGGCUCUCAGUACUUUGUCCUGUUGAUGAUCACAGAUGGAGUGAUAUCAGACAUGGUCCAGACCAAAGAGGCUGUGGUCAAUGCUGCGUCGCUCCCGAUGUCUAUAAUCAUUGUAGGUGUUGGUCCUGCUGAGUUUGAUGCGAUGGAGGAACUGGAUGGAGACGAGGUGCGAGUGUCCUCCAGAGGACGUCUUGCAGAGAGAGACAUUGUUCAGUUUGUUCCAUUCAGAGACUACAUUGACAGAUCUGGCAACCAAGUCCUCAGCAUGGCCCGGCUGGCUAAAGACGUCCUUGCCGAGAUCCCCGACCAGCUGCUCUCUUUUAUGAAAACCCGAGGAAUUGAACCUCGACCGGCCCUUUCCAACUCGCCGUUACCUGGGCUUCACCAGCAUAUCUGACACCGGCGCUCAUCUCUGACUCUCACUUCCUCCGCUCCUCCAUACAAUUAUUUGUCACUUUGGCGAGGCAGAAGGAUCGACCCGUGACUCACCCCUCCCCCCCCCCGCGCACCCCCUUCUUGUCCUAUCACCGCUGAAGCUGAACACACACAUCAAACAGACACAGCGGGCGCUCAUCCCUGACCCACCUGCUGUUGUUCCUCAUCUUCUCUUCCUCUCUGCAGCAUCGCGGCCGGUUGUCUCUGUGAAAAACCAGUGAGACUGAACCACGGACGCCCUUUUUACGGAGCUUAACUUCUUCAAUUAAGUUCCCUCACCAGACUCACAAAGGGUUCUCACAUGUGUCCUCAGAAAUGUUAACACUUCACUCAUUUGGUCCAAGUCCUUGAAAGUGCAAGAUGGAAAACUUGCACUCCCUCGAGGAGCGAUAUCUUAGAUCGAUUGCUUUUGGUCUAUUUUUUUUUUUUGGCAACAGCUGAACUGUAAUUCAUUUCAAUAAGUGGUCACUGUUUUUUUUUCUCUCUCUCUCUCUCAUUAUCAUCAUCAAGCUGUGCCAAAUUUCUCAAAACUGAAACUGAUGGAGCCAAGCAACAGAUGAAGCAGAGAGGGGGAGGCGAUGCGGGGAGACUCACCGGGUUACUCAUGUGGAUGUUGUUCUGAGGAUCUAGUGUGGAGGCUGUGGUACACGUUCAUUAUUAACACACACACACACACACACUUUGCCCAGCGUGUGCUGAGGCCGGGUGCACCCCUCCCCCCACCCCCCAUCCUCACCCCUGCUGUUAGAGAAAUGCCAGUCUCUCCGGCUGUCCUGCAGAGAGAGGUGGACGAGAAGGAAGCAUACAGGGAAGAAAGGUGGGAGGAAGGUAAAGCUCGGAGUAAAAUGGAAGAAAUUGUUAAGGGCACGAUGGGAGAAAUAGAAAGUCAAAAACUAGUGUGGAGGAACGACGGUGUGAUAGACAAGGUCAGAGGAAAGCGGUCAGGGAUUUGUUUGACGCCAGACACAGAUGGUGAACAUCAAAGAUGUUGUCAUGCUGUCUUCAGUUUAGUUAAACUAACCUUUGAGUUCACCUUGUUUUUUGGGGGAUUGGAAAUCACACACACACACACACUUGUCCAACAAAGCAAUACACCCGAUGCCCAGUGUAAAGUGUGCAUGUCCCUCUCUCAACCCCUGCCAUGACGUGACAUUUUAUUCCCAGGCAGCGCAGGCUGCAGGCGCGUGUACAAAGUGGGCAAAGUCUGCCACCUAGUGUCCAUUGCCGUGUAGAGCAGGCUAUCCUUAUUAUGCAUGACACCUAUUACUCAGCUCUCUCAGUACAAACGCAUGACCUGAUACAACUCAACCUAACUAUCACAAUACAACAGAUGACAGAGAAUCGUGCUGAUUGAAAAAAAUUAAAAUAAAAUAAUAAUAAUAACUUAGGAGCUGAGGUGUGUCAUGUUUCCAAGACAUUUUGUAUAUAUCAAUGUAAUGGUAGUGGUUUAUAGGGUUGCAUAUGCUGUUUAAUGUUACGUGUAAGCAUAUUCUUAUUUUUCCUUUUUUUUUUAUAAACUUGUACUAUAGUUUGCAUGUUGGAAAAAUGUCUGUUCCAGUGCUAAAAGUUGUUGAAGAAAUAGACGUCUAUCUAAAGAAAAUCUAUAUGCAUUUUACUGUACAGUCACCGUACAUGUCGGUUUGUCGGAUUUCAGAGCAAACUUGUGUGUGCGAUGUCCUGCAGAAACCUUGUAUAUUUGGUGUGUGAAGCUUCGGAACGCCCUCACUGAGACCCGAGUAUUUUUGAUAUUCUGCAACGAUGUGUGACCUGUUCUCAAGGAAAUAAAAUCCAGGCAUGUGUGGUCUCUGCAAGACAGCUGCAUAUUAUGUUAUUCAGAGGGCAUGUUCGCCUGUAAUGUGGUUUUUUGUACAAGAGCAAUUUUGUCUCUCUCUCUCUGUGAUAUUGUUGUGUGAACAUGUCUAUAGUCAGCAUAGUCGUUUUGGGGAAAAAAGAAAAGAAUUCCAUUGUACACAUGCAGUAUAUAGUGAAGUCAUGAAGUCACGCUGACAUGUUUCCCACUUAGAUUAGAGCUUUAAAAGCCUUUUGAAUUUGUGUCACAAAUGAUAAACCUGUAUUGUCUGUUGACGUUUUUUUAUGAAAUGUCCAAACAAGAUGAAUGAAUGAGUUUUCAUUCCAAACACAGUUGUUUUGACAAAUGCUGUGUUUUGAUAUAGCACAUCGCUAUCGUUUGUGUUUUCGUUAUUUCUCCUCCAGAUGAUGAACUUCAUUACAAUGUUACCAAAA